CCUCACACCGCCGAACUGAACAGGACGUGAACGUUGGAAGUGCGGGCUCUCUCAUUCACUCUUUCCAGGCUCCUAUUUGGAGCCACGUAACGUAACGUUCCUUCGAGCGUCUUCUCCCCGUGGCUUCGGGGGGCACUUUGCCUUCUGUACCACGAGUUGAGAUGGGUUCGGUCUGCGACGGACGCGCAAGUCAAAGUACUUUUCGCUCGCCCCCACCAACAUGGCGUCGCAGUCCGGCCGGAAGCCGCGCCGAAAGCUGACGUCGGUGUUGUCGCGUCGGACGGACGGGCGCGUGCGUGACGCGUUGGCAACAUGGCGGUCGAGUCUUCUGCUGCAAAGGUUCUGUUCGAGCGGGACGGCGUCCUGGCGCGCCCGAGCGGCCGAGAAGACGCGGAAGAUGAUUUCCCGGUUUGCGGCUCGCUUCGAAUUGUCCAGAAGGACGCCGACGUCUCCGUGGAGUUUACGCCUCUGGAGGAUUCCGCGGACAUCUUGUGCGCCGCCGAGGACUCCAGCUCGGUCGUGGAGUGGGUUCGGCGUGGCGGGCGGCGGCCGGGAGAGCCCCGGGGCCGCGAGGCGGAGCGGGACGCGGGCGGCGGCGAAGGUUCGGCGAGGCGCGACCGCUUCUUCUCGGUGCGCCUGGCUCAUCUGGCCGCCGUCACGGUCCGGGAGGACCGGCGACGCGACGCCCCCUCGCUGCUCUUCGCUCUGAAGGACUCCUCGUCGCUGCCUCCGCUGCACUUCCAGCAGGGCGGCGGCCGGGAGCUCCUGGACUGCCUGAGGAGAAUGGCCACGCUCAGUCCGUGCGCCGAGGACGAGUCUCGCCUGCUGAUCGGACCCGCCGACAAGGUCUUGAGCGAGUCUUUCGAGAACCUGGCGGACGACGGCGACGACGACUUGGGGCCGGUGCGCAAGUUCCGGAAGGACCCGUACGUGACGACGCUGGGCCGCUUCUCCAAAGUCGGCAACUACAUUUUCGACGCCUUCCGGGGCAGCGAGGAACAGCAUCAGCGUCCUCCCGAGGAGGAGGAGGUGGCGGCGGCGGCGGGGGAGCUCAUCCCCGCUCUGGAGAUCAACCAGCAGGAGGAGCCCGGCUUUGAAGUGGUCACCAGGGUGGACCUGGGAACUCGGCCGCAGGUGUCGCGGGGUGCGCCCAUCUCCGCGCUGGCGUGGAGCGGCCACCAGGACCAGGACGGCCGUCUGCUGCGCGUGGCUCGACUCAAAGAGUCCAUCUUCAGGGGGGGUUUGUGUCACGCGGUGAGGAAGGAGGCCUGGAAGUUUCUUUUGGGCUAUUUUCCCUGGAGCAGCACGUUGGACGAGAGGAGAAGUUUGCAGAGGAGCAAAACGGACGAAUACUUCCGCAUGAAGUUGCAGUGGAAGUCUGUGAGCGAGGAGCAGGAGAAGCGUAACUGGCGACUCCGAGAAUACAGGAGUCUGAUCGAAAAAGAUGUGGAACGCACGGACAGAAGCAAUCCCUUUUACCAGGGGACGGACAACCCGGGCCUGGUCCUCCUGCACGACAUCCUCAUGACGUACUGCAUGUACGACUUUGACCUGGGUUACGUGCAGGGCAUGAGCGACCUGCUGUCGCCCAUUGUCUUUGUCCUGGAGAGCGAAGCGGACGCUUUCUGGUGUUUCGUCUCCUUCAUGGAGCAGUUGGUGAGUGGGCGUCGGGCCCGACCGACCGGUGCCGCUCUUUUCUUCCUUCCUCGGUCCCCUCUCUUGCAGCACCGCAACUUUGAGGAGCAGAUGCAGGGGAUGAAGGCUCAGUUGAUCCAGCUCAGUUCUCUGCUCAGGCUGCUGGAUCCGUCCUUCUGCAAUUAUCUGGAAUCUCAGGAUUCGGGUUACCUCUACUUCUGCUUCCGCUGGCUGCUGAUCCGCUUCAAGAGAGAAUUUGCCUUCCACGACGUGCUCAGACUGUGGGAGGUGAUGUGGACGGGCCUGCCGUGUCACAACUUUCACCUUUUGCUGUGCUGUGCCAUCCUCGACUCGGAGAGGAGCAAAAUCAUGGAGGAGAAGUUUGGCUUCAACGAGAUCCUAAAACAUGUCAACCAGCUCUCCAUGAAACUGGACGUGGAAGAAAUUCUUCAGAAGGCAGAAAGCAUCUGGCUCCAGAUCAAGAAAUGUCAAGGUUGGCCUCGGUCGGCGCUGGACAUCCUGGUGUCGGACUCCUGCCGUCGGGCGUCGGCGUGCCGCCCGGCCGACUCAGAAGGACACUCUCGAUGCGCCGUGGACUCUCGACGCCCGGGCCCGGUGGCCUUCACCUCCUAGCCCGGAUCGCUACUUUUCUAAUGCCCGCGAUGUGGGACUGAGGACAAGUUGGCCUUUUUUUUUUUUUUUUUUUUUUUUUUUUUUUGUUCCCCUCCUAAGCACGCGGGUCGUCGCGGGCGGAUUGGCCACACUUCAAGUGCAGG